AUGACGCAGGGUGUUUUGUCUAUUUUCUCAAAAAAUUCAUUUCAAAAAAUUUUUUUUGCUUCUGCUGGUGUUAUUGGUUUAAUUUCAAUCUAUUAUUUUAUACAAAGGAAAUCAAAAUUGAAAAAAAAUGUUUCAUUAAAAAGUUUGAAAAAUAACGAUGGAGGAAUAAAUGAUUUGGAAAGUUUAAACAAUUUGAUAGCUACUCUUGAGGAAAUAAUAACAGAUUCUGUAAAUAUUGAGAGAGAAUCAAUAGAGGUAUUGGUAAAUAUAGUACACAGAUUGAAGGGAGUAAAAAAUGAAUUGUUACAACUUUUUCCUGAAUCAGAUUUUAAAAAAAUUACCAGAAAGCGUAUAUUAUCAAAAUCUGUUGGUAAUAAACCAAUUUUUGAGUCAGGAGCAGGUGAUGCUGGUUUUGAAAUAGAAGGAAAAGUUCAAAAAGCUUUAAGUGGCUUUGGUGAUAUUUAUAGUGCUAAGCAAGGAUCUUUAUCUAUUUUCUCAGAUUCAGAUUCUUAUCAAUCAGCUGUUGAUAGUUUUGAUAUAUUACGAGAUGAGAUUGAUGAAAUGGAUUUGUUUGAUUUAGAUAAAGACGAAUUAAAUUUUUAUAAAGAAGGUUUAGAAGCUGCGAGACGUGGUGAAAUUAAAUUUAGAAAAAAUAGAUGUGAUUUUGUUAAAAUAAAUGAUCUUGAAGAAUUUUGUGCUAAGAUUUAUUGUAUAAGAAAAGCUUUUACAUUAUUGAUGUCAGAUGAAUCAAAAAAAUUGUGGUUGAUUAAUAGUGGAAGAUCAAUUUUAGGUGGAAUUGUUAAACAAGAUGGAAAAGAUCCUGCUGAUUUUUAUGAUGCAUAUGAUUCAAUGAUAGAAUUUUUAAAUCAACCAAAUAUGGAGGAUACUAUGUUUGAAGAAUUACAAUUAAGAAAAGUACCAGAAAUAAAUUUAUGGGAUGUUUUAUUAGAUUAUAUUGUUUUGGAUGCUUUUGAUGAUCUUAGAAAACCACCUUCAGCAUUCAUGGCUCUAGUAAAAAAUCCAUUUUUUUCUCAAAGCACAAAAGAAAGUUCUAUCAGUGCGUUAAUUUAUUCUAUUGUUAAAGCUAAGAAAGGACGUCUACAACAAGGAGAUGGAUUUAUAUCACAUUUUUAUGACAUCUCUUUGACUAUAUCUCCAUCUUUAGCAAUGGGAAUUUUGGGGGUAUCUUCAAAAGAAUUUGUAGAUUUAUGUAAUUGCUUUAAAGAAAAAGUAUUUUUAUUAAUAAUAGAAAUGUUUGAUUCAAAACUUGUCAAAUAUACAACUGUCGAUGACUUGGCCAGUGAUAUAUGGAGUAUUUUUCAAAAACGAUUAGAUGAACUUUUAAAUAGAGUUAAUUCAGAUUUACAGCAUUAUUAG